CAGCUGCUUCUCCCCGGCUCCGGGCGGCGAGGCGGCGGCGGCGGGGAGGUGUCUCCUGCCGAGGUGGCCUGGCGUUGUCCAACAUGGAGGAGGCACCGGCCGCGGGCGUCCCCUGCGAGCGGGACUAAUCCCCGCCUGUCGUUCUAGGGAGCGGCGCCGGGUCCCGAGCCCAGGACUCCGCUGCUGCCCGCACACCCCGCUGCGGACCCCGGCUCCGGUGGCUCCUCGGGCCGCCGGCUUCCCGAGGGGACGGCGCCAGGAGGGAGCGCGGCGGCUCCGAGUGCCCCCGAGCCAUGGGCAAUGAGGCGAGCUUGGAAGGGGAAGGGCUCCCCGAAGGGCUGGCGGCGGCGGCAGCGGCGGCGGCGGCCGGAGGAGGGGCUGGCGGGGCGGGGAGCCCCUUGCACACCGUGAUCCCGGCCGGCAUGGAGGCGGACCUGAGCCAGCUGAGCGAGGAGGAGAGGAGACAGAUCGCUGCUGUCAUGUCAAGGGCGCAGGGGCUGCCCAGGGGGAGCGUCCCCGCGGCCGCUGCGGAGCCGCCUCCCAUGCACAGGAAACAAGAAUUCGAUAGUAGUCACCCUCCAAAGCCGCCAGGAAAACCGCCGGAUCCUGGACGUCCAGCUCAGCCUGGUCUCAGUAAAAGUAGAACUACAGACACUUUGAGGUCAGAACAGAAAUUGCCUGGAAGGAGUCCUUCCACUAUUAGUUUGAAAGAAUCAAAGUCCAGAACUGAUUUUAAGGAAGAGCACAAGUCUGGUAUGAUGCCUAGCUUCCUCUCAGAGGUUAACCCGUUAAGUGCUGUCUCCUCUGUUGUAAAUAAAUUCAAUCCUUUUGAUUUGAUAUCAGACUCUGAUGCAUCCCAGGAAGAAACUGCCAAGAAACAAAAAAUAUCUCAGAAGGAACAAGGAAAACCUGAGGGAAUCACAAAACCUCCAUCACAACAACAGUCACCCAAGUCAGUUCCUAAGCAGCAAGGACCUGUGAGGGCCCCGCAUCAGCAGGAUGGCUCUCCCAAAUCAGUGUCUUCUCAGCAACCAGAAAAAAUGAAAUCACAACCUCCAGGGACCGGAAAGCCAAUUCAGGGACCUACCCAGGCUCCUCAGACAGAUGAGACAAAAUUGCCACUCCAAAGAGAUGCAACUAGGCCUCAGACUAAACAGUCAGACACAGUAAAGGGAGAAUCCCUCAAACCCUUGCUGCAAAGCCCAUCCAAACCACCGACUCAGCAAGCAAGUCCUGGAAAACCUCCAGCCCAGCAGCCUGGACCUGAAAAAUUUUCCAUGCCACAGCCUGGACCUGCAAAACCCUCAGCUCAGCAACCAGGGCCAGGGAAGACCCUAGCCCAACAGCCAGGGACAGCAAAGCCCUCAGCUCAGCAGGUGAUAGAAAAACCCCCAGCCCAGCUACCAGGGACAACAAAGCCUGCAGCUCAGCAGCCUGGGCCAAAGUCUCCAGCUCAGCCUCCAGGACCAGCAAAGCCGCCUGCCCAGCAGACAGGGCCACCAAAAUCCCUAGCUCACCAACCUGGGCCACAGCCUCCAGCUCAGCCACCUGGGCCUACAAAGACACCUGCGCAGCAGGUUGGACCGGUGAAGUCUCUGGCUCAGCAGCCUGAGCCAGGAAAGACUCCUGCUCAGCAGCCUGGCCCAGCAAAACCCUCAGCUCAACAGCCUGGUCCAGCAAAACCUUCAGCUCAACAGCCUGGUCCAGCAAAACCUUCAGCUCAACAGCCUGGCCCAGCAAAACCCUCAGCUCAACAGCCUGGCCCAGCAAAACCCUCAGUUCAACAGCCUGGCCCAGCAAAACCCUCAGCUCAACAGCCUGGCCCAGCAAAACCCUCAGCUCAACAGCCUGGUCCAGCAAAACCCUCAGCUCAACAGCCUGGCCCAGCAAAACCCUCAGCUCAACAGCCUGGUCUAGCAAAACCCACACCUCAGCAGCCUGGCCCAGCAAAACCCUCAGCUCAACAGCCUGGCUCAGCAAAGCUCUCAGCUCAGCAAUCUACAAAACCAGUAAGCCAAACAGGAGCUGGGAAACCUCUGCAGCCACCGACUUCUCCAUCUGCAGCCCAGAUCCCAGUACAAGGCCUCCCUAAAACCAUCUGUCCUCUUUGCAAUACUACUGAACUUCUGUUGCAUGUUCCAGAAAAGGCCAAUUUUAACACAUGCACUGGAUGUAAAACCACUGUGUGUAGCCUCUGUGGUUUUAAUCCCAAUCCUGAUAUAACUGAGGUAAAAGAGUGGCUCUGUUUAAAUUGUCAGAUGCAAAGAGCUCUAGGAGGUGACUUGGCUCCAAUUCCGUCAUCACCCCAGCCCAAACCGAAGACAGCCGCAGGUAUUCUUGCAUCAGUGGUGAGCAAACCAUCGCCACAGUCACAGCAGAUUUCUCCAAAGAAGGAUGCUGUACCCAAACAGGAUAUCUCAAAGGCACCUGAGUCUAAAAAGCCUCCACCUCUUGUGAAGCAACCAACCCUUCACGGUUCUCCCCCUGUCACGGCCAAGCAGCCUCAUGUGGCAGAAUCCUCACCCAAGCCAGCCCCUUUCAAAGAGCCUUCUGUCCCAUCCGAGCUGGCCAAGGUCCCCAUGGCUGAUGAUAAACCAAAGCAGCCCAAGAUGGCAAAGCCAGCCACAGACAUUGUGUCUUCAUCGUUAACAGCAACAAAACCUGAUAUUCCAAGCUCCAAAAUACAAUCCCAGGAUCAAGAGAAAACAACUCCUCCUCUGAAAACAGACUCUGCCAAACCUUCACAGAGUUUCCCACCCACUGGAGAAAAAGUCACCCCAUUCGAUUCUAAAGUCAUACCUCGACCUGCAUCAGAUUCGAAAAUUAUAUCACAUCCUGGGCCCAGUAUGGAGAGCAAAGGUAAAAAACAAGUGGAUCCAGUUCAAAAGAGGGAAGAACCCAAGAAAGCAGAAACCAAAAUCAGCCCUAAGCCAGAUGCCAAGCCUGUGCCAAAAGGGUCACCAACACCUUCCGGCCCACGACCUACCCCUGGCCAAACUGCCCCCCCAUCCCCACAGCCACCAAAGCCUCAGGAGCAGUCAAGGCGUUUCAGCUUGAAUCUGGGAAGUAUUACUGAUGCUCCUAAAUCACAGCCCACCACUCCUCAAGAAACUAUGACUGGGAAGCUCUUCGGGUUCGGAGCAUCCAUCUUCAGCCAGGCAUCAAAUUUAAUCUCCACAGCAGGCCAGCCGGGAUCUCAUUCACAAAGUGGGCCCGGGGGCCCAGCAAAACAAGUCCCUCCUCCUGCACAGCCGCCUCCCUCUCAGGGGCCACCCAAGUCUACAGGUCAGGUACCAGCAGCACCUGCAAAGGUUCUACCUGUGAAAAAGGAAACAAAAGCCCCAGGAGCUGAAAAAUUAGAGCCCAAAGCUGAGCAAGUUCCAACAGUCAAACGAACAGAAACAGAAAAGAAGCCUCAGCCUAUUAAGGAUGGCAAACCUUCAAUAGCUGAGCCUCCGAAGGCUGCCCUUCCCCCCAAACUGGAGAAACCCCCCAAACCAGAAUCAGCCUGUCCUCUCUGCAAAACUGAACUCAACAUAGGUUCUAAGGAGCCUCCUAAUUUCAACACUUGCACCGAGUGCAAGCAUCAAGUGUGUAAUCUCUGUGGAUUUAACCCUACACCACACCUGACUGAGAUUCAAGAAUGGCUUUGUUUAAAUUGCCAAACCCAGAGAGCGAUGUCAGGGCAGCUUGGAGACAUGGGCAAAAUGCCUCCUGCACCAUCAGGGCCAAAAGCCUCUCCUCUGCCUUUCCCUACAGAACAAUCACCUCAGAAAACUGCAAUGCCUGGUCAAGGGAAAGUUAAAAAGAAGGAACAAGAAGGAAAAACAGAAGGUGAAAAAAUCAUACCAGAAAAAGUACAAGAAACACCUUUAUUUGAAAAAAUGCUUCCCAAGGUAACCACAGAUAAAAAACGAGAAGAGCGUAAACAAGAAAAAGACCAAGUUUUAGCCCUUCAAGAAAAAAAGGCAACCCCUGAAGAUAAAAAACCAACCACUGAAGAAAAACAGCCACCUCCUGAAGAAAAAAAGGCAACCAUUGAAGGAAAAAAACCACCUCCUGAAGAGGAAAAACCAACCACUGAAGAAAAACAGCCACCUCCUGAGGAGAAAAAGGCAACUACUGAAGGCAAAAAGCCACCUCCUGAAGAGAAAAAGCCAACCACUGAGGACAAAAAGCCACCUCCAGAAGAGAAAAAGCCACCUCCUAAAGACAAAAAGCCAACCCCUGAAGACAAAAAGUUUCCUCCAGGAGCAAAAACAUCAGCUCUAGAGGAGGAACAGAAACAGACUUUACUUAAAACUCAAGUACAAGUUGCUGAAGAAACGCCUGAAGACAGCAGAGUGGCUCCUCAGGCAGUGCAAGAAAAGAAACCACCAGCGAUGAAGAUGGAGGGGGUACCGCCUGGGGUGCUCCAGACAUUGCCUGAGGGAGAUGAUGGGGCAACUCAAAAAAUAAAAGAUCAGCCACAGGAAGUAUGUGCAGCGAAGCCUGAUCAGGUGGAACCUGGGAAAGAAAAAACGGAAAAGGAAGAUGACAAAUCAGACACGUCAAGUUCUCAACAGCCGAAAAGCCCACAAGGUCUAAGUGACACAGGAUAUUCUUCUGAUGGCAUAUCAGGUUCACUUGGUGAAAUCCCAAGUCUUAUUCCAAGUGAUGAAAAGGAUUUGCUCAAGGGACUCAAAAAGGACUCAUUUUCACAAGAAAGCAGCCCUUCCAGCCCCUCAGACUUGGCUAAGUUAGAAAGUACAGUCCUCUCCAUUUUGGAAGCGCAGGCAAGUACACUUAUUGAAGAAAAGUCAGAAAAGAAAACACAACCCCAAGAGGUUUCUCCUGAGCAGCCUAAGGAGGAGCAGAAAACUCAGAGUUUAACUCAAACACUAGAAACUACAGUUUCAGAAGAGAAGCUCAAAGAGAGUCAAGAAGCAAAAGAUACUUUUACAAAAGAUGGCCAACAAGACACUCCUCCCAGAAAGGACCACAAAGAAAAGUCUGACUUUGUUGAUGACAUAGCUACAAGAAGACAGCCUUAUGAUUCAGUUGAAGACAGUAGUGAAAGUGAAAACUCACCUGUUCCACAAAGAAAGCGGAGAACUAGUGUCGGUUCAUCAAGUAGUGAUGAGUAUAAACAGGAAGAUAGCCAAGGAUCAGGUGAAGAGGAGGACUUUAUUAGAAAGCAAAUCAGAGAAAUGAGUGCUGAUGAAGACGCUUCAGGUUCUGAGGACGAUGAGUUCAUUAGGAACCAGCUCAAACAGAUCAGUGGUAUUAUUGAGAGCCAGAAGAAGGAAGAAACAAAAGGAAAAGGGAAAGUAACAGCAGGGAAACACAAGCGACUGACUCGAAAAAGUAGCACAAGCUUUGAGGAAGAUGCAGGGAGGCGCCAUUCAUGGCAUGAUGAAGAUGAUGAGACAUUUGACGAAAGUCCUGACAUUAAAUACAGAGAAACUAAAAGUCAGGAGAGUGAAGAACUUGUAAUUGCUGGAGGAGGAGGGCUGCGUCGAUUUAAAACAAUUGAACUCAAUAGCACAAUAGCAGAUAAGUAUUCUGCAGAGUCAUCACAGAAAAAAACAGCUUUGUAUUUUGAUGAAGAGCCAGAAUUAGAAAUGGAAAGCCUGACAGACUCUCCAGAAGAUAGGUCAAGGGGGGAAGGAUCUUCUAGUCUUCAUGCUUCUAGCUUCACUCCUGGCACAUCCCCUACAUCAGUGUCAUCGCUGGAUGAGGACAGUGACAGUAGCCCAAGUCACAAAAAAGGGGAGAGCAAGCAGCAACGCAAAGCUAGGCACAGGUCACAUGGUCCUCUUUUACCAACUAUUGAAGAUUCUUCAGAGGAAGAAGAAUUGAGAGAGGAAGAAGAAUUAUUGAAGGAACAAGAAAAGCAGCGGGAAUUAGAACAGCAACAAAGAAAAAGUUCUAGUAAAAAAUCAAAGAAAGACAAAGAUGAACUUCGAGCUCAGAGAAGGAGAGAAAGACCAAAGACACCACCCAGUAAUCUCUCUCCUAUUGAAGAUGCAUCUCCAACAGAAGAAUUACGUCAGGCUGCAGAAAUGGAGGAGCUCCAUCGAUCUUCUUGUUCUGAAUACUCACCUAGCAUAGAGUCAGAUCCAGAGGGUUUUGAAAUAAGCCCAGAAAAAAUAAUUGAAGUGCAAAAAGUUUAUAAAUUGCCCACAGCUGUGUCUCUAUACUCACCAACAGAUGAGCAUUCUGUUAUGCAGAAAGAAGGUGGCCAAAAGGCAUUAAAAAGUGCUGAGGAGAUGUAUGAAGAAAUGAUGCAUAAAACCCAAAAAUACAAAGCUUUUCCAGCUGCAAAUGAACGAGAGGAAAUGUUUGAAAAGGAGCCUUUGUAUGGUGGGAUGCUAAUAGAGGAUUACAUUUAUGAGUCUUUAGUAGAGGACACAUACAAUGGUUCAGUCGAUGACAGUCUGCUAACAAGGCAAGAAGAUGAAAAUGGAUUUAUGCAGCAGAGAGGGAGAGAUCAAAAAACAAGACUUCCAGAACAUAUUUAUGAUGAUCCUAUGCAGAAAAUUACAGACCUCCAGAAAGAGUUUUAUGAGUUAGAAAGCUUACAUUCUGUUGUGCCUCAAGAAGAUGUUGUUUCAAGUUCUUAUAUCAUCCCAGAAAGCCACGAGAUAGUAGAUCUGGAUAGUAUGGUAACUUCUACCAGUGAAGAAAAAAAGUUACUAGAUGCUGAUGCUGCCUAUGAAGAACUCAUGAAGAGGCAACAGAUGCAGUUAACACCGGAAUCCAGUCCAACCCAGCCCCCCAUCAGGGACGACCUGACAGAGUCCACUAUGGACUUUGAUAGGUUGCCUGAUGAAUCUUUGACAUCAAGUAUUCUUUCAGGAGCAUCUCUUACAGAUUCAACCAGCAGUGCAACACUCUCUAUUCCAGAUGUCAAAAUAACCCAACAUUUUUCAACAGAGGAGAUUGAAGAUGAAUAUAUAACUGAUUACACAAGAGAAAUUCAAGAGAUAAUUGCCCAUGAAUCACUGAUUUUGACCUACUCUGAGCCUUCAGAAAGUGCUACUUCUGUCCCACCCUCUGACACACCUUCCCUCACAUCAUCUGUUUCUUCGGUUUGUACCACAGAUAGCUCCUCACCCAUUACUACUCUGGAUAGCAUAACUACAGUUUAUACAGAGCCAGUAGACAUAGUAACUAAAUUAGAAGAUCCUGGGGAUAUUUCUUCAUCAACAUAUUUUCAAGGCAGCAUCAUAGACUACCCAGAAGAAAUAAGUAUAUCUUUAGAUCAGACUACUAUACCAGAUGGUAGACCUAGUACUGAUCAUAUUGCAAUUUCCUUAUCUGAUAUGACACCUUCUAUCUUAGAAUCUGAAGAAACUAAACCCAAGGGGCUAAUUGCUGACACUAUUUCCACUGACUUAUCUAUAUCUGAAAAGGACUCAGUGAAGAAAGCCAAGAAGGAAACUGGGAAUGGAAUUAUUCUGGAAGUUUUGGAAGCUUACAGAGAUAAAAGGAAGGAUUCUGAGGCUGAACUAGCUAAAACUAGCUUAUCUGAAACCGUGUUUGAUCAGCCACCUUCUGGAAUAGCCUUUCCAAUGAAGGAGCAAGUUUCAACUGCAUGCUUUGUAUCUGGAGAGAUCUUUGGUCAAGCAAAACCUGCAUCUCAGUUACCAUCUGGCGGUCCUUCUGUUUCCUCUCUUCCAACUAAAACACACCCAUUCCUACGAAGUUCUUCUUUGGACACAUCAGCUCAACCUCCUCCUCCUCCUCCACCUCCACCUCCACCUCCUCCUCCUCCCCCUCCUCCUCCUCCUCCACCACUUCCUCCACCAACCUCACCUAAACCUGCUAUUCAUCCUAAGAAAAAGUUAACAGUUCCAGUUCCAGUGACUCUAACUAUGACAGCUGCAUCUCUGGUUGACACUGUUACUACUAUAGAGACCACAGCUGUUCCAAGGAGUAAUGGAUUACCUAUAACAAAAAUUUGUACCACUGCACCUCCUCCAGUUCCUCCUAAGCCAUCUUCCAUUCCAUCUAGACUUGUAUUUACCCACAGACCUGAGCCAAGCAAACCUCCCAUUGCCCCUAAACCCCCCAUUACUCAGCAUCCAGGAACUACACAAAAACCAACAGAUACACACCCCAGACCAACAGGAUUAUCUUCAAAUAUGACAUUAAAUUUAGUCACUACAGCAGAUUAUAAAUUGCCUUCCCCUACCUCCCCACUUUCUCCUCACUCUAAUAAGUCCUCACCAAGAUUUUCCCUCAUGGAAACUUACGUGGUUAUCACGUUGCCAUCUGAACCUGGGACUCCAACAGACUCUUCUAGUCAAGCAAUUACCAGUUGGCCCCUGGGAUCACCUCUCAAGCAUACAAUUGCCACUGAACCUGUAUUUUCUGUAGUUCCUCCUGUGACAGCUGCAGAAAUGUCAUAUUCAUCAGAACGGAGCCUGUACAUCUCAGGGGCUUUGGAGACAUUUUCUGCUAUCCCUGUCACAACACUAUCUUCAUGUCAAGCAGCCCCAAUUUCAGUUACACAGUUUCCUACAACUGAAGUUUCUAAGGCUGAGAUUUCAGCAACCAGAAGUACAGUCCCUAGUGUUGGUCUCAGCAGUGUCUCUGUACCAAUUCCUCCGGAGCCUCUUGCUUUAGAUACCCUACAUUUAGAAAAGCAUCAGCAUAAAGAAAAUGGAAAGUUGCAACUUACCGGUGAUGCCAUCGAUUUGCGUACAGCACCAAAAGUAGAAGUGAAAGUGACUGAAAAAUGUAUGGAUCUUUCUGCUUCUGCAAUGGAUGUGAAAAGACAGACCACAACAAAAGAAGCCUAUGGGAGACAAAUCAGUGCUGUCCAACCCUCCAUUAUAAAUCUAAGUGCAACUUCAUCAGUAGUGACUCCGAUAUCCCUGGUCUCUGAGGCAGUGACUGCUGUCACGUGCACAGCUAGUGCAAGUUACACUGCAGGCACAGAAAGCCUAGUGAGCAUAGAACAUGCAACAGCAACCCCACUUCAGCUCACUACAUCAAAGCAUACUGAGCCCCCUUACAGGAUACCAAGUGGCCAGUCCUUCCCUACAGUUAAGCAGGAAGCACCAAUAAACUUAUCUUUAAGCACUUCAGCACAGGCAAUGACACUGGCUACUACUAUGCCUAUUACUGUGCCUCCUGUUGGUGUCACAAAUGGAUGGACUGAUAGCACCACAUCCCAGGGCAUCACUGAUGGAGAGGCAGUGGAUCUCAGUACAACAAAGUCUCAUAGAACUGUUGUAACAGUGGAUGAAUCUACUUCAAGUGUGGUGACCAAAAUAAUAGAGGAUGAUGAAAAACCUGUUGAUCUGACUGCAGGGAGAAGAGCUGUGUGCUGUGAUGUAGUUUAUAAGUUACCUUUUGGAAGGAGCUGCACAGCACAGCAGCCUGCAACUACUCUUCCUGAGGAUCGGUUUGGUUAUAGGGAUGACCACUAUCAGUAUGACCGAUCAGGGCCAUAUGGUUACAGAGGGGUUGGGGGAAUGAAGCCUUCCAUGUCUGACACUAAUUUAGCAGAAGCUGGACAUUUUUUCUAUAAAAGUAAGAAUGCUUUUGGUUAUUCAGGAGAAACUGAUGCAGCAGUAGAUCUAACUUCAGGGAGAAGUUCUACAGGUGAGGUAAUGGAUUACUCAAGCAAGACUGCAGGUCCAUAUCCAGAAACACGUCAAGUCAUUUCAGGAAUUGGGAUUAGUACCCCACAGUAUUCCACAGCGAGAAUGACUCCACCUCCAGGAUCCCAGUAUGGUGUGGGGAGUGUUUUGAGGUCAACUAAUGAUGUUGUCUAUUCUUCAGAGGCAACUCCAGUGCCCUCCACAUUUGCUAUCACCACACAACCUGGCUCCAUUUUCAGCACCACUGUGAGGGAUCUGUCUGGUGUGCACACAACUGAUGGAGUAACUUCAUUAUCCACCCUGCACCAGAGCCAGCCAAUGCCUAGAUCAUAUUUCCUCACAACAGGUGCAUCUGAAACAGACAUUGUAGUAACUGGUAUUGAUAUCAAUGCCAGUCUGCAAACGAUUGCUAUGGAAACUCUCACCACUGAGACAAUAGACUCAGUUCCCACGUUAACCACAGCAUCUGAAGUGUUUUCUGAAGUGGCGGGAGAUGAAAGUGCUCUUUUAACUGUCCCUGAAGAAGAUAAACAACAACAGCAGCUAGACUUAGAGCGUGAGCUCUUGGAGCUGGAGAAAAUUAAGCAGCAGCGUUUUGCUGAGGAAUUGGAGUGGGAGCGUCAGGAAAUCCAAAGGUUCCGAGAACAGGAAAAGAUGAUGGUUCAAAAAAAGCUGGAGGAGCUGCAGUCUAUGAAGCAGCACCUUCUCUAUCAGCAGGAAGAAGAGCGUCAAGCCCAGUUCAUGAUGAGGCAGGAGACGUUAGCUCAGCAACAGUUACAGCUGGAGCAGAUCCAACAGCUGCAGCAAAAGCUUCACCAGCAGCUAGAGGAGCAGAAGAUUCGCCAGAUCUACCAGUAUAACUAUGAUCCCUCUGGAACUGCCUCUCCACAAACCACGACAGAGCAGGGGAUGUUGGAAGGGCAGUAUGCUGCCCCAGAAGGCGGUCAGUUUUGGGCGGCUGAGGAUGCAACCACCACAGCCUCAGCCGUUGUGGCGAUUGAAAUCCCACAAAGCCAAGGAUGGUACACAGUUCAGUCUGAUGGUGUUACUCAGUACAUUGCCCCACCCGGCAUUCUGAGUACAGUUUCAGAAAUACCUUUAACAGACGUUGUUGUAAAAGAUGAAAAACAACCCAAAAAGAGAAGUUCUGGAGCUAAAGCCCGUGGACAGUAUGAUGAGAUAGGGGAAAAUAUGGCAGAGGACCCCCGCUGUUUUAAAAAAAUAGUAGACAGUGGUGUACAAACUGAUGAUGAAGAUGCAGCAGAUCGGAGUUAUGCAAGUAGGAGAAGGAAAACUAAAAAGAGUGUUGAUACAAGUGUCCAAACUGAUGAUGAAGAUCAGGAUGAAUGGGACAUGCCUACUAGAUCAAGGAGAAAAACUCGUGUAGCAAAGUAUGGUGAUGGCACUACAGAGGCUGAGAAGACCAAACCCCUUUCCAAAGUCUCCAGCAUAGGAGUUCAGACAGUGGCAGAGAUAUCUGUGCAAACUGAACCAGUGGGAACCAUACGAACACCUUCGAUACGGGCGCACGUGGAUGCCAAGGUAGAAAUAAUUAAACACAUUUCAGCACCUGAAAAGACUUACAAAGGGGGCAGUUUAGGAUGUCAAACAGAAGCAGAUUCAGAAACACAAAGUCCUCAAUAUUUGAGUGCCACAUCUCCACCCAAAGACAAGAAACGCCCAACACCUUUAGAGAUUGGUUAUUCAUCUCACCUUCGGCCAGAUUCCACACUACAGCUGGCUCCUUCCCCACCCAAAUCUCCAAAAGUCCUUUAUUCACCCAUCUCACCACUUUCACCAGGCAAAGCCUUAGAAUCAGCCUUUGUACCUUAUGAAAAACCCCUCCCUGAUGAUAUAAGCCCACAGAAAGUACUGCAUCCAGACAUGGCUAAAGUUCCCCCAGCGAGUCCUAAGACAGCCAAGAUGAUGCAGCGGUCCAUGUCUGACCCCAAGCCUCUGAGUCCAACAGCAGACGAAAGUUCCAGGGCUCCUUUUCAGUAUACCGAGGGCUACACGACAAAAAGUUCUCAAACCAUAACACCCUCUGGCACCCAGAAAAAAGUUAAGAGAACUCUGCCUAACCCACCUCCUGAGGAGACCUCAACAGGGACUCAGUCGACGUACAGCACAAUGGGUACAGUUUCCAGGAGAAGGAUCUGCAGAACCAACACAAUGGCACGAGCCAAGAUUCUCCAGGAUAUAGACCGAGAACUUGAUCUUGUAGAGAGAGAGUCUGCAAAACUUAGAAAGAAACAAGCAGAACUUGAUGAGGAAGAGAAGGAGAUUGAUGCCAAGUUGCGGUACCUGGAAAUGGGAAUUAACAGGAGGAAAGAGGCAUUGUUAAAGGAGAGAGAAAAGAGAGAGCGAGCCUACCUCCAGGGGGUAGCUGAGGAACGGGAUUACAUGUCUGACAGUGAGGUGAGCAGCACCAGACCAUCCCGAAUAGAAAGUCAGCAUGGCAUAGAGCGACCAAGAACUGCUCCCCAAACUGAAUUCAGCCAGUUUAUACCCCCACAAACCCAAACGGAAUCUCAGCUAGUUCCUCCUACGAGUCCUUAUACACAAUACCAAUACUCGUCUCCUGCUCUUCCUACCCAAGCACCCACCCCAUACACCCAGCAGUCCCAUUUUCAGCAACAGACUUUGUACCACCAGCAAGUUUCACCUUAUCAGACUCAGCCAACAUUCCAAGCUGUGGCAACGAUGUCCUUCACACCUCAAGCUCAACCUACACCAACCCCACAACCUUCUUAUCAGUUACCAUCACAGAUGAUGGUGAUACAACAAAAGCCACGGCAAACUACAUUAUAUCUGGAGCCCAAGAUUACUUCAAACUAUGAGGUGAUUCGAAACCAACCCCUGAUGAUAGCACCUGUUUCUACUGAUAAUACAUAUGCUGUUUCCCAUCUUGGUAGUAAGUACAAUACCUUAGACCUGAGAAUGGGUUUGGAGGAGAGAAGUAGCAUGGCAAGCAGUCCAAUAUCAAGCAUUUCUGCAGAUUCUUUUUAUGCAGAUAUUGACCACCAUACUUCACGAAAUUUUGUCCUAAUUGAUGACAUUGGAGAGAUUUCCAAAGGAACAGCAGCAUUGACCACUGCAUUUAAUCUUCAUGAAAAGGAUCUGUCAAAAACAGACCGCCUCCUUAGAACCACUGAAACACGGAGGUCUCAAGAAGUGACAGAUUUCCUAGCACCUUUGCAGACUUCCUCAAGGUUGCAUAGUUACGUGAAAGCAGAGGAAGAUCCAAUGGAAGAUCCUUAUGAGUUAAAGCUUCUGAAACAGCAGAUUAAACAAGAAUUCCGUAGAGGGGCAGAGAACUUAGAUCACCUUGCUGGUCUUUCCCAUUAUUACCAUGGUGAUACUACCUAUAGACAUUUUCCAAAAUCUGAAAAGUACAGCAUUAGUAGACUCACACUUGAAAAACAAGCGGCAAAGCAACUACCAGCAGCCAUACUCUAUCAAAAGCAGUCAAAGCAUAAGAAAUCACUAAUCGACCCUAAAAUGUCAAAAUUUUCACCUAUUCAAGAAAGUAGAGACCUUGAACCUGAUUAUUCAAGCUAUAUGACUUCUGGCACUUCUUCUAUUGGUGGAAUUUCUUCCAGAGCAAGGCUGCUUCAAGAUGAAAUCACUUAUGGCCUCAGAAAAAAUAUUACAGACCAACAAAAAUUUGUGGGAUCAUCUCUUGGCACAGGACUAGGCACAUUAGGAAAUACCAUACGGUCAGCUCUGCAGGAUGAAGCGGAUAAGCCAUACAGUAGUGGCAGCAGGUCCAGACCUUCUUCCAGGCCUUCGUCUGUCUAUGGGCUUGAUUUAUCAAUAAAAAGAGAUUCUUCCAGUUCUUCUCUAAGACUGAAAGCUCAAGAGGCUGAAGCUCUAGAUGUUUCCUUCAGUCACGCAUCUCCCUCUGGCAGAACUAAGCCUACCAGUUUGCCAAUUAGCCAGAGUAGAGGAAGAAUACCAAUUGUGGCCCAGAAUUCUGAAGAAGAAAGUCCACUCAGUCCUGUUGGCCAGCCAAUGGGGAUGGCCAGGGCUGCAGCUGGACCCCUGCCACCAAUAUCUGCAGACACCAGAGAUCAGUUUGGAUCAAGUCACUCAUUGCCUGAAGUUCAACAACACAUGAGAGAAGAAUCACGGACUCGAGGCUAUGACCGUGACAUAGCGUUCAUCAUGGAUGACUUCCAACAUGCCAUGUCUGACAGUGAAGCCUACCAUCUGCGUCGUGAAGAAACAGAUUGGUUUGACAAACCCAGGGAGUCUCGUUUGGAAAAUGGACAUGGUCUGGAUCGAAAACUGCCAGAAAGAUUGGUCCACUCUAGACCGCUCAGUCAACAUCAAGAGCAAAUUAUACAGAUGAAUGGGAAGACGGUGCAGUACAUCUUUCCUCAUGCAAGGAUAAAAAUAACAAGGGACUCUAAGGAUCACACAGUUUCAGGUAAUGGAUUAGGAAUUAAGAUUGUGGGUGGUAAAGAAAUCCCUGGACACAGCGGAGAAAUUGGAGCCUAUAUUGCCAAGAUUCUUCCUGGGGGAAGUGCAGAACAGACAGGGAGACUUAUGGAAGGGAUGCAAGUUUUGGAAUGGAAUGGAAUUCCUUUAACUUCUAAAACAUAUGAAGAAGUGCAGAGUAUCAUUAGUCAGCAAAGUGGGGAAGCAGAAAUAUGUGUAAGACUGGACCUCAAUAUGCUCUCAGAUUCUGAAAAUCCCCAGCACCUGGAACUUCAUGAACCACCAAAAUCUGUGGAUAAAGCAAAGUCCCCAGGGGUUGAUCCUAAGCAAUUGGCUGCAGAGCUCCAGAAGGUUUCGCUACAGCAGUCACCACUGGUUAUGUCCUCUGUCGUGGAAAAAGGAUCUCACGCUCAUUCAGGCCCUACAUCAGCAGGAUCAAGUUCUGUCCCAAGCCCCGGGCAACCAGGGUCCCCCUCAGUGAGCAAAAAGAAACACAGCAGCAGCAAGCCUACUGAUGCAACAAAGGUUGUCUCUCAUCCAAUUACGGGGGAAAUUCAGCUUCAAAUCAACUAUGAUCUUGGCAAUCUCAUAAUACACAUUCUCCAAGCAAGAAACUUAGUCCCUCGAGACAACAAUGGUUAUUCUGACCCCUUUGUUAAAGUGUACCUUCUUCCAGGGCGAGGUCAAGUCAUGGUUGUCCAGAAUGCAAGUGCUGAGUACAAGAGAAGGACUAAAUAUGUUCAGAAAAGUCUUAAUCCUGAGUGGAAUCAAACAGUAAUUUAUAAAAGUAUCUCCAUGGAACAGCUCAAGAAGAAAACGCUGGAGGUGACCGUCUGGGAUUAUGAUAGAUUUUCUUCCAAUGACUUUCUUGGUGAGGUGUUGAUUGAUUUAUCUAGCACAUCUCACCUCGAUAACACUCCCAGGUGGUAUCCGCUCAAAGAACAGACUGAAAGCAUUGAUCAUGGCAAGUCCCACUCUGGUCAAAGCAGCCAGCAGUCGCCAAAGCCAUCUGUCAUCAAAAGCAGAAGCCAUGGAAUCUUCCCUGACCCAUCCAAGGACAUGCAGGUUCCCACCAUUGAGAAAUCCCAUAGUAGUCCUGGCAGCUCAAAAUCCUCAUCUGAAGGCCAUCUCCGCUCUCACGGACCGUCUCGCAGUCAAAGCAAAACCAGCGUCACUCAGACCCACCUGGAAGACGCAGGGGCUGCUAUAGCCGCUGCUGAAGCCGCCGUGCAACAGCAACGCCUUCAACCAACAAAGCCCACCAAUCACCGGCCUGCAGAAAGCUCCGUGUCCACCGGCUCCUCGGGCAGCAGCUUCGGCAGUGGGUAUAGCGUGGACAGUGAAGGAAGCAGCAGCACUGCAGGGGAGACUAAUCUAUUUCCUAUUCCAAGGAUAGGGAAGAUGGGGCAUAAUGGGCAAGAUCCUAUAAAACAGCCAGGAGUAGGAGUGGGCCUAUCAGACACUGAAGUUAAAACUCAGGUAAUGGGAGAAAUCAAGAUUGCAUUAAAGAGGGAAAUGAAGACAGAUGGUGAACAACUAAUAGUUGAAAUUCUCCAAUGCAGAAAUAUCACCUACAAGUUUAAAUCUCCUGAUCAUUUACCAGAUUUAUAUGUGAAAAUAUAUGUGAUGAACAUUUCUACCCAAAAAAAGGUGAUCAAGAAAAAAACAAGAGUAUGUAGACAUGAUCGAGAGCCUUCAUUCAAUGAAACUUUUCGAUUCAGCCUAAGUCCUGCUGGACAUUCUCUUCAGGUUUUACUUUUCUCCAAUGGAGGGAAAUUUAUGAAAAAGACCUUGAUUGGUGAAGCCUGUGUCUGGCUUGACAAAGUGGAUCUCAGAAAAAGAAUAGUCAACUGGCACAAACUUUUGGCCAAUUCUACUCAAACCCAUUGAAGAAAUGUGUCUUCUCAGGUUAUAGAAACUGCACUAAAUGAUCUCGAAUCAAGACUAUAGUUGGAUACUAUUGUAUUAAGCUAUGUUUUCAGGGGUAAACAUGAGAGGAGGAACAACAGGCAAAAACAUACUUACAGCCUUGUGAGUGUGUUGUUGUGAAACACAGAAAGAAACUCAAUUGAAAAUGUUUCAUGUGUGGAAGGCCAAAAGGAAAAGGAGGUCUGAGACCUCGGAUUUCUUGCAGCUGUCAAGAAAGACAGUGAGAAAAUGUUUGGCUACUUAAUGCGAAAAUCUUUGAGCAGAGGUGAGCUAGAGCUAAAGGCAGAGGCUCGAAGUUUAAAAAUGGUUUCUAAUGCCGACAAAAGUAGUCCUUUAGGCAAAUAGUCCUUGGUUGAAAGGAAAGAACUGAUGUGAUCAAUCUGUUUUCAAAAGUUUUCUUUUAUCUUCUCAGACAAUGUAUUGUUUUGAGAUUGUUACAUAGGAUACACCUACAAUAUGUGUCCAAGGCUAGAAGUAAGGGAGUUGUGGUCAUAGGAAAAAGAGAACCCAAAAUGUAGAAAUUAUGGUUUUCUCUGUGUUUAAAUGUUACAAGGGUAAACCACAUUAAUUUUGGAAUCCAUGUUGUAAAAGCACAUUUGUACAAUCUGAAGUAAUGUAGACUGAAGAUAAUACUAAGUAGAAAUGGGAUUACAUUUAUCUAGAAAUAAAGCCAGGAUUAGCUAAGAAAGAAUAUUGCACCACAAAAUGUUGGGACCUUGGUUGAAAACAAAAUCUUCAUAAUUUACCCUUAAAUCAAGACAUUUUCAUUCUACAUACCAAAGGACAUAGAUUAAAUUAGUAUGUUCUAGGAAGCAUGAUAAUUUUUUUGUGGAAUUACAAAUGAAUGUAUUAUCCCACAGAUUUCAUUUCUCUUGAGUGAUGUAUUGACGGAGUGAAAAUUAUUCCUCUGGCAAACAAAUCCUAGUAAUCUCUGACCCUGAUUUAUUAAACUGGUAUCAUUUUCUGCUUUUUCAUGAUUGUUUUUUUUUCUUAACACAUUAACUGAUUGUACAAUGAAAACCCUCAGAUUCUCUCUCUGCUCCAUUUUCUUCUUUUAGUGAUGAUAUCACAGUGAUCAAGUUUGUUCAUGUUGGGAAAAAUGUAUGAAAAGUUCACAUUAUAUUGAAUAUAUUGUGAGCUGUUUGAAUAGUAUAGAAUGAAAGCACCAAUGUCUAAGUCACUAAAAGGAAGCACCCUCUCCUCCAUCAGCCAACAACAUUAACAAGGCAAGGGACACACAGUUGUAGGAAACACUCUCAGUUGGGAUUUAAAGGCCUGCCUUCGGGUCUUGGUUCUGCCACUGACUAACUGGGUCACCUUGCACAUGUCACUUAAACUCGCUUUCCCCCAGUGUCCUUAUUUGUAGUAUAAGUAAGCUUAAUAUUUCUAGCCUUCCUGGAGGGAUGUAGGAUGAUCAGACUAAGUGAUAUGAGAGAGAAAAUGAAAGCACAUUUCCAAGUAUAGUUUUAUACACAUAAGUGAGGAAUAAUUAUUAUGCAGCUUUUUAUUUUUCAAAUUUUAUAUGCAAAAAAGCAUCUUCCUAACCAGUGGCACUCAUCAUCAUGGGUAAGAGCAGUAUAUUAGUUCCAAAAAGAAUUUUUCUUAAAUAUACAUUUCCAUUUAAUCUAAAAAAGGUGAAGAAUUAAAUAAAAACUAUUUGUAAAUUGGGUUAUUUGCAAAUUAAGUAACAUACUGAUUUUAUCCCAUUCCCAUAUCCUAUCCCAAAAUAAAUUAAUUAAAUUGCUUCUCAGAGCAUUCUAAACUUAAAUGCUACUUCUUUAUUGAAGGGUGAGGUUUUAGUGAGUUUAGAGAAAUCAUCUCCAAAUAUAUUAUUUGGAUAUUGAAUUUUCUCAUUUUUAAAGAAAGCAUACUUUAAAUUCAAAAGGAAUUGGUUAAAUGUAAAACAUUAAAAAUAAAAUAAUUUCUUAUCUUUAAUGAAAAAAUACAAAUUCACUCUUACUCAGUCUAAGAAAGCUAAUAGUCAUUUAUUCUUUCCUCCAUUGUUUUUAUCCUUCCUUCCCUGACAAAACAAUGUUGUUUAUCAUUGAUACUUCUUUAAAAUGAGCAUGUGUGGAGGGGAUCACUCAAGAUUUGAUAUUGCUAGAAUUUUAUUUUUAGAGGCAACUAUAUCUGUUGAUGGUUGCCAUGGAUAUUUCCAGCAGAAGUUAGCACUUUAGGAAGCUGAUAAUCAUCACUCAUAAUUGGGGAAAGAAAUAGUUCAGAAAGAUAUCCUUCUGACAUAAAAAAGGCUCUGCUACUUUCCAUUGAAAGGGAACUCGAGCUUACCUUAGGUCCUCUUCUGCAGCCACUUAUAGAACAUCCAGAGGUAUGCGUGACAGGUUAUAUAACCAGUUAGUUACCAGUUGUUGCAACUUCUUUUAGAGUAAUACAACUGAAGGUGCCACCAAAACAAAGAGCAUCCCUUGGUAGCUAUUUGACCUGUAAGAGUAGGGGUCUUUCCAUUACAGGUGCCUCUCUGUUCCAAGGAACUGGUGAUGAGGCCAAGUCAAUCAAGAGAGUUAACAACAGGGCUUCUUUUUGUGCACCAGCAUCCCCCUUCAGAGAGCAUAAGAUCCUGCCAUGGUUUACCAAGAGUGCAGCUCACCACUCCUAGGUUGUACUGGAACUAUUCUAUGCAACAUUGAUCCUUAUAUGAAUGCACUUCUGAAUGAUCUUGAUAACCCUCUAACUAUUUCUUUUUUAAUUGCAAAUAGGGCUCUUGGUGUUUUUUACUUUUUUUGUAUAUGUCACAGCACCUGCUUUUCCACUUUUUAUUUUAUUGGAAUUAGCUUUUUUUCUUUAUCCUAAUAGUUACAAAGUUUGUAAUCUUCAAAAUAACACAUUAGUCCAAAAUAACACAGCUCUUAUACCUUGAAAAGCAUCCUAAUUUUCCCCACAGUUUCAUUGCGUCAUCAGGGACUGAAGUUGCUUCUUAGUUGAAAAUUUGGUCCUAAACACCUUUUAGCUAUAGAAGCAAAAGCACAGAGUAAAUUUUCACCAAAGACAGGGAUUUACAGAAUGGUUGUUGCAGACAUAAAUAACAUUAGUUGCAAAAAGGUGGUGUUUCCCCUGUUCUUACUUAAGAUAAAAGAGAUUUUUGGUGACUCUGUAUUUUUUAUUUAGCAUUUUAGUUUAAAAGAAUAAUAUCCAGGACUAAGGAGCAGUGAUUGCUUUGCUCCUUAAGGUUGCCCAUAUUGUAAUUACUCACACUAAUAAAAGCAUAUUUUCAGCAUCAGUGGAAUUAAUUUUGUGGAUCACACACAUUAAAAUAGUCAUAUUGUGGGACUAUAAUAGCUGGUAACCAGCUGAUAUUGAUUCUUAUUAUAGGAAUAGUUGUGAUGAUAGGGUGAUAACCAUAGUGACACUAGGUUGGUGGUGAUGUGAAGUAAAUUAAAACUAUACACUAUAUUGUGCCCAAUUUCUUAGAAAUUAUUUAAUCAAUGUUUCAUUUCAUUAUGAUAUCAUAAAGAUAUAGUAUUUUUUUACUUUAUUAUUUAAAUCAUAACAAUAUUUUUAAAAACUUAUUUUCAUUGCUACAAUGUCUAAUAUUCCAAAGUCAGCCGACUACAGCUAUAUAUGUUUAUAACUCUAAGUGUGACAGAGUGGUGUUCCCUAUUUUGAGCUUGAGAUGGAAAUGAAAGAAAGCUCAAUGAAUAAUUAUAAACUGUCUGUUUAAUAAUUACUUGCCUUUGAUGUAAUACAAGAAUGAAUGAGUGAAAUAGAUUUUCUCAUUGAAUAUGAAACAUUGAUAUGUUCAUAUCAUAUGUUCCAUGUUGUUAUUGUUAACGAUCCCCAUUAAAUCUAAAUCAUUUAAUCAAAUGAUUCCUUAUCUGAUAGGUAGAUUGAGAGCAUUUUCUUAAUUUGUCGCCCUGUAUAUAAUUAUACACUUGGUAAAUUAGACAAAGUCGAAGUAUUCAUCUCACUUGGCAUUCAGCAUGUGAAUAUGAUUAUUGUUUGAUUGUGUCUAUAUAUUUGUUGGUGAUGUGCUCAGGUGCUCCCACUACUGAUUAACGUGUGUGCUGAUAUCCUAACAAAAACACAUCUGGAGUUAAAGAAAAAUAACUCUUGUCUGAAAAAAACAAAAACCGAAUAAAGUUGUUUUCAAAAUAAAAAGUAAAAUACUUGGAAAUAUGUCUUGUUUAUAACUAUAUGUUGCAUGCCAUGUUGGUGAUUUGGUAAUGUGUUCUUUUCUGUUCUACUCCAAUCUCUCUGGAAAAUCUAAUGAACAAACUCUUGGGCUAAAGGUUGUAUAAAUUGAACUGAAAUACAUGAGAAUUGAAUUUAAAAAUGCUUGUAAAUCUGUCUUGAGUUUUACUUUAUGUGAAAAUACGUCUUGGUUUUGUGAUUGUACACAAGAUGUAUCUUGAUAACUUAUGCAAAUUGUGCUGUUUAAAGGCUGUUGCCUCAGCCUUACUAAUAAAUAUUGA